GAAAUAUCUAAAAUACAUCAUUUUUCCAAAUCUCGAAUCAUAUUCAUCUUCAAAAAACCAUUUCAAUGAACAAAUAUAAUAAUUCAUGUUUAUAUAUUCACGUUUUUAAUGUUUAAAGUGACAUUUGACUUGAUAGUCGAUGAAACCUCCAGAAAUCCCACUGUUAGGACGUGUAAUUAUCACCUUUGUUGUAAGUAUACUGGUGAUUUUUUCUGCAUUAGGUAAUAGCCUUGUUUUAUGUCUACUGAAUAAAAGGCGUACACCUUCACGAAUAGUAAAUUGUUGUGAGAAACAAAAUUCAUCACCGUCAUCACUUCAGGUUUCUGGAGUAAAACUUGGAAAACGUUCGGUUACGUAUACAUUUUUAGUUAAUCUAAGCAUAUCUGACUUAUUGCAUAUACUGAUUUGUGCCCCAUUCACCUUAAUUGCAGAUUUUUUACUGAUUUAUUGGCCUUUUGGCGACUUUUUCUGUCGUCUAGUCAAUUAUUUACAAGGUGUUGUUGUUUUUCUAUGCGCAUUUACACAUGUCAUAAUAUCAAUUGAUCGGUUAACUGCAAUUCGAUGUCCUAUCUGGCGAAGACGAAAAUUGUCCGUUAGAAAUGCUCAGAUGAUAUUAUGCUUUAUAUGGUUGUGUGCAAUGAUUAUCCCGAUACCAAGUUUAAUUGUUUGUAAAAUAGUUACUGAUGAGUAUGGAUUGACCCAUUGUCAAGAAGUUUGGCCUGAAGAUCCCACUGACCUUAAUUGGAUAAUAAGCGCUAAUCGAUCGAAUUCAAGUUACGCAACAAAAGAACCCAUAUUACCACCUAUUUCUACAUCAUCACAUCAGAUGAAUCAUCAAGAUUAUAAUGUAUCAAAUCAAGUUUCUUUGGAACUAAUCUAUAACUGGUUGGUUAUGCUACUGCAGUAUAUGGUACCAUUAUCAGUUAUUAUCGUGACAUAUUCAGCUAUUGUUUAUCAAGUGUGGAUGUCAGCUGCACCUGGAGAAGGAAAUAUACAAAGGGAUAAAAGAAGCAGGGCAAGCAAAAAGAAGCUUAUCAAGAUGGUGAUCACUGUUGCCUCUUUAUAUGCAAUCUCUCAGUUACCUAGACAUUUGAUUUACCUUAUUACAAUGAAUAAACCCGACGCAUUUCAAAGAGAUACAAUUAUUUAUACUUGGUUAUUAUGCCAGUUAAGUGCUUGGUCAGCUACAUGCUACAAUCCUAUAGUGUACAUAUGGAUGAGUCGUACAUUUCGAAGUGGACUAUUUGAAGUUUUCAAUAAUUUAUGUUUUUGUUUUAAUGGAUGUAGACGCAUACAUAAUAAAUCACGACAAUACAAUACUCACUGUGAUAGACGCCGUUACCAACGCAACAGUCAAAAUUCUCAUUCACUUCAUCAAGACUGUUUUCAUUCAUUUCAGACUACUACUCAUAAUUACAUUAGUAGCAACAAUGAAAAUAGAAAAAUUAGUCAUGAUGUGGAGGAUGUAGAAGCUGAUAUAAUUGAUGAAGAAUUGUCAUCUGAUCAGACUGAGAAUAUUAAAAUGAAAGUUGUAAAAUAAUGCAACAGUUGCUUUAAAUAUGACUGCGAAGAUGAAUGUCAGAUGUUAAAUUGAUGGUAAAGUGAAUGAAAUUUCCAGAUGAACGCAAUCCAACAACAGAAUCAUAAAAAUUAUUACAUUUUAGAAAGAUACUUAUGCACUCAACUACUUUAUUUUUAUUCUAAUCAACUUGUUUUUCCACCGUUUAUUUGGGAAAAUGACAGGUGAAUAACUUUGUACAUAAUAUUUAUGAUAAGUAUGAAUGACGAAGUUUUGCUUCCUAA